AUGACCCCAAAUCAGUACAAGUUCCUCACCGAGGACCAAGUCGAAAACUUCAUGAAAUAUGGCUACCUCCGUAUCCCAGAGGCCUUUAGUGUCGAAAAGGCUGCCUCUUGGUCGGCCCAGUUAUGGGAUCGUCUAGGCUACUCUCCCACCGACAAGUCCACCUGGCUCCAAGAGCGCGUCAAUAUGCCCGCACACAACCGAGAACACGUCCGUACCUUUUCCCCCAAAGCCUGGGGUGCCAUGUGCGAGCUCCUCGGCGGCGAAGACAGAAUUCACCCAAAGUCAGGGCUCUGGUCUGACGGCUUCAUUGUCAACCUCGGCACCGAGGAGUGGAAGAAAAAUGGGCCACCUCCGCCAAAGAUGUUAGAAAAUUGGCAUUGCGACGGUGAUUCCUUCGUGCACUUUUUAGAUUCCCCGGAACAAGGACUACUCGUUAUACCCAUUUUCUCAGAUAUUGAGGUCAAUGGAGGGGGGACGAUCAUCGCUACAGACGGCAUUGGAGCUGUGGCGAGACAUUUAUGGGAGCAUCCUGAAGGAGUGAACUCCAGGAUGGUACCGGUGGGGGAGCAAGAGUUAAGUCCAGACUUCAGCCGGUUCAAGAAGUGGGUUCAAGAGGAGUGCAGCGAGUUCCAUGAGAUGACGGGAAAGACUGGAGACGUGAUAUUGAUGCAUCCUUUGAUGCUUCAUUCAGUAUCAAAGAACUGUCUACGUGUUCCUAGGAUCAUCACAAAUCCGUUAACGUGUAUGAAAGAGCCCUUCAACUACGAUAGGGAGGAUCCGGCGGACUAUAGCUUGGUUGAGAGGAAAACCUUAAAGGAACUGGGGGUGGAAAGGUUGAAUGGUUGGAAGAUUACCGGAAAAAGACAGAGGGUUAUCCCGGAGCGAUUGAGAGUUCAUGCCUUGAUGAGAGAGACUGAAGAGAGGAGGCUGAGAGGCGAACGAGUGGAGUCUACGGAUAUUACAGGUGUUACUCAUGGGACAAUCACGGCGGGCCAUGUAAUAUCGAUGGAGCGGCUGAUGGCUUGUGAUACUCAAGCUUUCUUUUAA